AUGCGAGACAUGCGACUGCGUGAAGCAUCAUGUGAGACAUCAUGCGACUACGUGAAGCAUCAUGCCAGCAGCAUCCUCCUCAACAACAACACCCGAGUAGUCGUCGGCAACAACAAAACCCUCGUUGUCGUCGGCAACAACAACACCUUCGUCGUCACCAACAACACCUUAGUCGUCGUCGGCAACAACAACAACCUCGUUGGCGGCGGCGGCGGAAACAACAACACCCUCGUCGUCGUCAGCAACAACAAAACCCUCGUCGGCGGCGGCGGAAACAACAACACCCUCGUCGUCGUCGGCAGCAACAAAACCCUCGUUGUCGUCGGCAACAUCACCUUCGUCGUCACCAACAACACCUUAGUCGUUGUCGGCAACAAAAACACCCUCGUCGUCGUCGGCAACAACAACGACCUUGUCGGCGGCGGCGGCGGCAACAACAACACCCUCGUCGUCGGCGGCAACAACAACACCCUCGUCGGCGGCGGCGGCAACAGCAACACCCUCGUCGUCGGCGGCAACAACAACACCCUCGUCGUCGUCGGCAACAACAACACCCUCGUCAUCGUCGGCAACAACAACACCCUCGUCGGCGGCGGCAACAACAACACCCUCGUCGUCGUCGGCAACAACAACACCCUCGUCGUCGGCGGCGGCAACAACAACACCCUCGUCGGCGGCGGCAACAGCAACACCCUCGAAGUCGGCGGCGGCAACAACAACACCCUCGUCGGCGGCGGCAACAGCAACACCCUCGAAGUCGCCGGCGGCAACAACAACACCCUCGUCGGCGGCGGCAACAGCAACACCCUCGAAGUCGCCGGCGGCAACAACAACACCCUCGUCGGCGGCGGCAACAACAACACCCUCGUCGGCGGCGGCAACAACAACACCCUCGUCGUGGUAGGCAACAACAACACCCUCGUCGGCGGCGGCAACAACAACACCCUCGUCGUCGGCGGCAACAACAACACCCUCGUCGUCGUCGGCAACAACAACACCCUCGUCAUCGUCGGCAACAACAACACCCUCGUCGGCGGCGGCAACAACAACACCCUCGUCGUCGUCGGCAACAACAACACCCUCGUCGUCGGCGGCAACAGCAACACCCUCGAAGUCGGCGGCGGCAACAACAACACCCUCGUCGGCGGCGGUAACAGCAACACCCUCGAAGUCGGCGGCGGCAACAACAACACCCUCGUCGUCGGCGGCAACAACAACACCCUCGUCAUCGUCGGCAACAACAACACCCUCGUCGGCGGCGGCAACAACAACACCCUCGUCGUCGGCGGCAACAACAACACCCUCGUCGUCGGCGGCAACAGCAACACCCUCGAAGUCGGCGGCGGCAACAACAACACCCUCGUCGGCGGCGGUAACAGCAACACCCUCGAAGUCGGCGGCGGCAACAACAACACCCUCGUCGGCGGCGGCAACAACAACACCCUGGUCAUCAUCGGCAACAACAACACCCUCGUCGUGGUAGGCAACAACAACACCCUCGUCGUCGGCGGCAACAACAACACCCUCGUCAUCGUCGGCAACAACAACACCCUCGUCGGCGGCGGCAACAACAACACCCUCGUCGUCGUCGGCAACAACAACACCCUCGUCGUCGGCGGCAACAGCAACACCCUCGAAGUCGGCGGCGGCAACAACAACACCCUCGUCGGCGGCGGUAACAGCAACACCCUCGAAGUCGGCGGCGGCAACAACAACACCCUCGUCGUCGGCGGCAACAACAACACCCUCGUCAUCGUCGGCAACAACAACACCCUCGUCGGCGGCGGCAACAACAACACCCUCGUCGUCGGCGGCAACAACAACACCCUCGUCGUCGGCGGCAACAGCAACACCCUCGAAGUCGGCGGCGGCAACAACAACACCCUCGUCGGCGGCGGUAACAGCAACACCCUCGAAGUCGGCGGCGGCAACAACAACACCCUCGUCGGCGGCGGCAACAACAACACCCUGGUCAUCAUCGGCAACAACAACACCCUCGUCGUGGUAGGCAACAACAACACCCUCGUCGUCGUCGGCAACGACGACGACCUCGUCGGCAAAAACACCCUCGUCGUCGUCGGUAACAACGACGACCUCGUCGGCAAUAACACCCUCGUCGUCGUCGGCAACAACAACAACCUAGUCGUCGUUGGCAACAACACCCUCGUCGUUAACAACAACACCCUGGUCGUCGGCGGCAACAACAACAACCUAGUCGUCGUUGGCAACAACACCCUCGUCAUCAACAACAACAACACUCUUGUCGUUUGCAACCACAUCCUAUGA